AACGGAGCUCAGUAGGAUUUAAACUAUUCGAGAUGAAGUUCCUGUAUUUUUUGAGUUUUCUACCAGCAUUCUUGUUCAAAUCGAUUCCCAAUGAUGAUGGAGAACUUGUUCUAAUAAGUGUGAUUUUCAGGCAUGGAGCAAGAACUACAGAAUAUUUUUACCCCACCGACCCCCACAAAGGAGAAUCCUUUUACCCCUAUGGCUACGGAAGUUUAACAAACGAAGGAAAAAUGGGGGAGUUCAAACUGGGAAAAUAUCUAAAAGAUCUUUAUGGAGAUUUUCUUGGUGAAGACUACACUGAAAGCAAAGUCUACAUAAGAUCUACAGAUUUUAGUAGAACUAGAACAAGCGCGCAACUAGUAAUGGCAGGUUUAUUUCCACCUACUGAAAGGCUGACAUGGAACCCUGAACUUCUUUGGCAGCCCAUACCUGUGGACUAUAAGCCCAUGAUUGAGGAAGAUAUUUUUCAUAGAAGAUUAAAUUGCCCCUUUAAAGAUAAAGCUUUGGAAGACUUGAAAAACUAUGAGGAAAUUCAGGAAAACUUUAUCAAACCUCAUGAAAACUUGUACAAAUUCGUGGAAAAUAUGUCUGGAUUGCCCAUGGCAGUACCCUCUGACCUACAAGGAUUCUUCUUCACUCUAAAAUGCGAAGAUGACAUGGGGUACAAACCCCCAGAAUGGACAAAAUCAUUUUACCCCGACAAAAUCGAACAAGUUGCUGGGACUGUUUUCAAUUUUCAAAAUUAUAUCCAUGAAGUUAAAGUAAUCAACGUGGGAUAUAUGUUGGAAAAAAUAUUAAACGACUUCGACAAAAAAAUUAAUGGAACCAUUGUUCCAAAGGAUAGACAGGCAUUUUUUUACUCUGGACACGAAACUACCAUUGGGUAUAUGCUUAGUGCACUGAAUAUUAGUCAAAAUGGUAUUCCCGGUUAUGGUACUGCCUUAUCUUUUGAGUUGAGGAAGAAGAAUAAUCAAUUUUUUAUUGAGUUGAGAUAUAGAGACAGUUCAGAUGCUAAAGACUCCAUAGAUCUAAUUUUACCAUAUUGUAAUGAUGCAUGCCCUUUGGAAGAUUUUAAAAAACUAACUAAACAUUUGUUACCGACCUUAACCAUAGAAGAAGCUUGUAACCAAAAUUAUAAGCAUGGAGCAAGAAGUACAAAAUAUUUUUACCCCACCGACCCUUACAAAGGAGAAUCCUUCUAUCCAUAUGGCUAUGGAAGCCUAACAAAUGAAGGAAAAAUGGGGGAGUUUAAACUGGGAAAAUUUCUGAAAAAUCUUUAUGGAGAUUUUUUUGGUGAAGACUACACUGAAGGCAAAGUCUACAUUAGAUCUACAGAUAUUGGUAGAACUAGAACAAGCGCACAACUAGUAAUGGCAGGUUUAUUUCCACCUAGUAAAAGAUUGACAUGGAACCCUGAACUUCUCUGGCAGCCCAUACCUGUUGACUAUAAGCCUUUGGUUGAGGAAGACAUUUUUCAUAGAAGAUCGAACUGUCCCUUUAGAGAUAAAGUAUUAGAAGACCUGGAAAACUAUGAGGAAAUUCAGGAAAACUAUAUUAAACCUCAUGAAAACUUGUACAAAUUCGUUGAAAAUAUGUCUGGAUUACCCAUAAAAAUACCUACUGACCUACACAAAUUCUUCUUCACUCUUAAAUGCGAGGAUGACAUGGGGUACAAACUCCCAGCAUGGACCAAAUCAUUCUACCCCGACAAAAUUAAACAAGUUGCUGGGACUGUAUCCGAUUUCGAAAAUUAUAUCCCUGGACUUAGAGUAAUCAAUGUGGGAUAUAUGUUGAAAAAAAUAUUAAACGACUUCGACAAAAAAAUCAAUGAAACCAUUGUUCCAAAGGAUAGACAAGCAUUUUUUUACUCUGGACACGAUCUUACCAUUGGAUAUAUGUUUAGCGCGCUAAAUAUUAGUCAAAAUGGUAUUCACGACUAUGGUACUGCCUUAUCUUUUGAGUUGAGGAAGAGGAAUAAUCAAUUUUUUAUUAAGUUGAGAUAUAGAGACAGUCCAGAUGCUAAAGACUUCAUAGACCUAAAUUUACCAUAUUGUGAUGAUCCAUGUCAUUUUGAAGAUUUUAAGAAACUCACUAAAUAUUUGUUGCCAACUUUAACAGCAAAAGAAGCUUGUUACCAAAAUUAUAAAUCUAUUAAAGGAAACAUGCCAAAAUAAAUAAAUGUUGUGUUUUCAAAAUAACUGAACCUUUCAUUACAAAUUUUUGUUAAUGUAAAAAUAAAACUCAAUAAAAUACCCUAAACCUGUCAGUGGCUUUUACACGCCCCUUUAAUUUAAUUUGGGGCCAUUAAUUUUCUUUGUUUUGGUAACACUAACAAUUAAUGGU